AUGGCUGAAAAUAUGUUUGCAGGAUGGCAGUACAUUACCAACUUGGAAAAUCAUUAUAAUGGUAGGAUAUGGAUUACUUGGAGACCUGAUUACUACCAAGUACAGAUCAUCAGUAAGACAGCUCAACAGAUUACAUGUGAGGUAUUGUACUUACCUCUUCAAAUUGUAUUCGAGAUUUCAUAUGUUUAUGCUUUUAAUAGUAGGGAAGAAAGGAAAGAGUUGUGGGAAAGCCUGUUGAUUCAAAGUAAAAGAUGCUCUAAGCCAUGGAUGGUAAUUGGAGACUUCAAUUCAAUUCUGAAAGCUGAUGAUAGAAUAGGUGGGAAUCCUGUAAGUUGGUCAGAAAUAGUAGAUUUCAAUGAAUGUGUGACAGAUUGUGGUUUGCUGGAAGUUCCUACUCAGGGGAAUAGGUACACCUGGAGUGACAAGCAUUAUGGUAAUAGGAUUUUUUCAAAGAUUGACUGGAUCUUUAUUAAUAAUGAGUGGUUGGAUACUAUGCUUUCAUGUAAGGCCAUGUUUCUACCUGAGGGUAUUAGUGAUCACUGCCCUGCAAAGGUUAUCCUCAGUGAAAAUUGUAAGAUCAAGAAGUCAUUUCAAUUCUGUAAUGUGUGGACUAAACACCCACACUUUCAGGAUAUAGUGAGUGAAGGAUGGAAUAAAACUAUAGAAGGAUUUAUGAUGUUUCAGGUGGUGAGAAAACUGAAAAUAUUAAAAAAGAAGUUGAAGGAGCUGCAUGUACAAGAUUUCCAGAAUAUUGUAACAGAGGCAACAGUGGACAGAGAAAGAUUGAAGCAAGCACAAAAGAUAUUGCAGACAAGCCCAAAUAAUAUUGAGUACCAACAACUUGAAAGUCAGGCUUAUCAGAAAUUUAGGAAGUCUUCCUACUUGGCUGAAUUAUUCCUACAGCAGAGAAGUAAAGCAACUUGGAUUAGAUUAGGGGAUGAUAAUACCAAAUACUUCUAUUCAGUCAUAUAG